AGUUUAGAGAUGGGUGAGAACAAGUUUAAGCUAUCAAAUAUGAUUCCUAGUGCUUGGUUCUAUAAGCUAAAGGAUAUGGGCAAAAGGAAAAAUCAAAACCUUAAUCAUUCCAAACCCAAAAAACAGCAUUCUCAUAUCUCUUCUUCUAAUUCAUCAUCCUUAAUAACAUCAAAUUCCUUUGCCUCUUCUUCAUCCGGGGCUUCCUCCAAAACAAUCUCCUCUUCCUUGUCAUCAUCCUCACCCUCCACUCGCAGAAAAUCUCAAUACUUCAAAAGAGACCUCCCCACUCUGCCGAAUUCCUCCGACACACAUUUCCCGGAUUCUCCGAAAAUAUCCUCCAAACACAGACCAAGGACCAGAAAAAACAGAGCAUCAUCUCCUCGCCGGAGUAACAAUUCCCCAUCUACCGUCAACGCCAAACCACCAGCGCCGGAUUCCACACACUCGGUUGCACCGACCCAUAACUCGGACGUAUGCAUCACUUUUGAUGAUCAAUUACUGAUGAGGAAAGAUUCAAACUUUAGUAAGGUUCUUAAUCUUGAACUUCCUUCAAUUGUAACUAAAAGAGACCCUAAAAUCAAGGGUUCAUUGGAGAAAGAAAGGGGUAUUGGAGAUAGAACCGGCACUGUUAGACGUCGACUGUCGGUGGUAAGUUCGCCGGGGAUGAAACUCCGGACAAAUUCUCCGAAGAUUAUGAACAGGAGGAAAGGCAGGAGAAGCCUGAAGAAGCUGUCGGAGACCUACGCCGUGAUGAAAUCCCCGGAUAAUCCGAGGAGGGAUUUCAUGGAAUCGAUGAUGGAGAUGAUUGUGGAGAAUGAUAUCAAGAGAUCAAAAGAUUUGGAAGGACUUCUUGCUUGCUAUCUUCAACUGAAUUCAAAUGAGUAUCAUGAAGUUAUUGUUGAUGUGUUCAAGGAAAUUUGGUUUGAUCUUGCAGAUAUCAGGAUGAAGAAGAAGAAGAAGUAG